UGCAUGUUUGAUGUUUUGGUUAGCAAAAGGGGGUAUUUUAUUCUUAAGUUUUUGACCAAAAAAACCUGUGAAAAUGGGACGAAGAUCAAUAAAUACCACCAAGAGUGGUAAAUACAUGAAUCCCACUGACCAGGCUCGCAAGGAAGCCCGGAAGAAGGAGCUGAAAAAAAAUAAGAAACAGCGACAAAUGGUGCGGGCUGCUGUGCUGAAGGGCAAGGAUCCCUCCCAGAUAAUUGAGGAAAUGGAGAAAAUCGACGAGAUGGAGUACAAUGUCUAUCAGCCUUCUCCACUUAAUGAAAAGGUCCUGAAGGAGAAGAGGAAAAAGCUGAAAGAGACCUUUGAUCGAGUUAUGAGACUCUAUCACACUGACGAUCCGGAACUCUGGGCAGAGCUUAAGCGGAAAGAGGUAGAUUAUGAGAAGCGGAGGAACAAGAAAGUCAACUAUGAGAGUGUAAAACAUGCCCAAUCGGUGCAAAUUGACGACAUUCCCUUGCCUCAAAUGUCCGAAUCUGCUCCAUCAGCGCCCACUCAGGGAAGCGGAGGUGGGAAUGUUGGUGCUCAGAGUCGAAUCCCGCUGCCUCCCACAUCUGUCCAAGCCACUCCCUACGUCCCCAAUGUCCAGCAGAGUAUUCUGAAAAAGCCACCGGAGGUAAGAGAGGAGAAAUUGCCGCAGAAAGGAAAGAAAGAUACUCCAGGAUGUCCACCAGGACCUCCGCCAAAUCUUCUGGAAAUGCGGGAGUUCGAUGAGGACUACGAUGAAGAACCAAAACCCAAAAAGAUCAAAAGUAUCCGUUUCUCAGAUGAACACAGAAUCAAGGAAAAGCCUCCUCCGGAAGUUGAUGAUGAAUCCUUGAAGCCGACGUCCCUGCAGCAGAGAAUUUUGGCACUGUCUGGGCAGAAUAUCGAUGAGUUCAUGAAAGAGAUGGAGAGUGUGCAGAAGAAGAAGGAGCAGGAGAAAACAGGUGAUGCAGAAGAGCCUGUGGAGGAGAAAGAAUCCGAAGAGAAAACGGUUGAAGAGCCUGAGAAGGAGCCUCCAGCUGCUAUACCCAAUCCUAGGCCACCACAUCCACCAAGAAUGACCCUUCCUCCCUUGGGCUUGUCACCAGCUCAGCAAAACCUUCUGUUUAGACCACCACCACCUCCCCUGCGUCCCGGAAUGCCAGGAAUGUCAGCCAUCCGGAUGCCACCACCACCACCGGGAAUGCCGCCGAGAAUGGGCAUCCGGAUGCCACCAGGACCCCCAAUGGGACCUCCUCCGCGUCAUUCCAAGGGUCAUCAUCAUCAGCACAAUCCCUUGGGCGGCAAUAUCCUCUCAGCUGGACCGCAGUUGGUAUCCUCCAAGGAUCCCAAGAGUGCCACAAUCACCGCCAAGCCACAGAUCCGCAAUCUCAGUGCCGACGUGACGCGGUUUCUGCCGGCGGCGCUGCGUGGGAAGCGCGAGGAGAAGCAGAAGUCGAAGCCACCGCAAGUGCAGCAUACGCAGUACAGCCAGUUCGCCCAUUCCAGGGCUCCGAGUCAUGAGCAACUGGUGCAGAUGCAUCCGAGUGCCAAUGCUCCGGCUGCUAGUGGACCAGCAGCUCAGAAGAAGGGACCCACAAAGGAUGACGCUUACAUGCAGUUUAUGAAGGAGAUGCAGGGACUUCUGUGAAUGCAGACUCUGCGAUAGCUUUGAUCAAAUUGUAAUCAUCUUCAUGCGAGAAUGCCCAAGAUUAUUCGUUAUCACAAAGGGCUAAAUAAAAAUAAAUCCUCGAGUCAAA